GGGAAGUCCAGAUCUACUGGCAGCAAAAAAGGUAGCAGAAAGUAUUGGUAGUGAACAUCAUGAGAUUAUAUUUACACCUGAAGAGGGAAUCGCUGCCUUAGAUGAUAUUAUAUUCCAUCUAGAGAGCUGUGAUAUAAGCUCUGUUAGAGCCUCAGUUGGUAUGUACCUGGUCAGCAAAUAUAUCUCCAAGGAGACGGACUCUGUUGUUGUGUUCACAGGGGAGGGGGCUGAUGAGGUUGCCCAGGGUUACCUCUACUUCCACAAAUCCCCUAGUCCAGAGGCAGCUGAUGAAGAAAGCCAUAGAUUGUGUAAUGAUCUUUAUAUGUUUGAUGUACUUAGAGCUGAUAGAAUUACUGCAGCUCAUGGGCUUGAGCUAAGAUUACCAUUCCUCGACCACAAAUUCGUCAAUACCUUUAUGUCGCUACCAGCUGAUGUUAGAAGACCAAAGGACGGGGUUGAGAAAUUCCUUAUACGUAAAGCAUUCUCCACAAUGAAUCUCCUCCCAGA